UCCUUCGUUCGCUAACCCAUAACGUGCGCUUGGAAAGUACAAUUUUGUGUGGCGGGUUGGUCUAUGUUGCUUUAUGUAUUUAGACAUAUUUAUGUUUUUUCAUACAGAUUUUGAUUGAUCAUACAUUCCUGGUCGUAAUUGCCAAUUGGGCUACUUAAGUAAAAAUGUAGUCUGACUCGCAAUCUUCUCAGUCAUUAUUCUAGCUUUCAGUUAUUUGUCGAAAUUACUCGCCUCAGGUGAGAGUAAUUUACAUCCCAACCUCACUUGUGGGACACCAAUGAAAUAAGGCGCUGCGAUCAGCAUGGAAAUUGUCAGUCGUUUUGAUUGUGUUGAAAUAUAUUAUGGCUUAAGUAAUUCACUUUAACAAAGUUAUUUCUAUGUAGACACUGAACAAUUGGAAUAAUUAUUACACCGACUAGCUGUUUAUGAUUAAUAUUCUAAUUACGUAGUUAGUGCAUGCAUAAAUCUAUGCAGUUUUAAAUUAACCAGGCACAGUCUAUUUUCUUUACUUUAUAAACAGGCAACAUUUGGACAGCAGUAUGGGGUCCAAAGCAGCUUUGCAUGUGAACAGAUUUCGUCGGAAGUUUUUCUUGAGAGGGCGGGGCGAGUGUGACGUGUGCAGGUUACAGGUUAUUUUGAUACAUUUUAAUAAAUUCUUUCCGAAUUGGGGUGUUACUUAAAUGAGCCGUGAUGGACGAUGAAGAGGAGACCUAUCGACUAUGGAAAAUUCGGAAAACGAUCAUGCAGUUGUGCCAUGACCGAGGUUAUCUAGUGACCCAAGACGAACUGGACCAGACACUAGAGGAAUUUAAGAGCCAGUUUGGAGACCAGCCCAGUCAAGGACGACCGCGACUUACGGAUCUCACUGUUCUGGUUGCCCACAAUGAUGACCCCACAGAUCAGAUGUUCGUCUUUUUUCCAGAGGAACCUAAAGUUGGCAUUAAGACCAUCAAGAUGUACUGCCAGCGGAUGCAGGAGGAAAACAUCAGGGCCAUCAUUGUGGUGCAGUUGGGCAUGACACCAUCUGCUAAACUGUCUCUAGUUGAUAUGGCUCCCAAGUACAUCCUGGAGCAGUUUCUGCAACAAGAACUUCUACUCAACAUCACAGAACAUGAGGCCGGGGAUCCUGUCGCACGGUACUUCGGCUUGAAAAGUGGACAGGUAAGGGGAGGCCUGCUCCACACCGCCUCCACGUGGUCAGAUAAAACCCUGAAGAUGUUAGUAGGCAGUUGGUUUGUUCGUCACAUGUUGUGUAGCUUGUGAAAAUUAUCAGGCCGAGCGAAACGGCCGGGAGGUACAUCACAUACAGGCUGGUGCAGUGAGGGCUGUGCGGGGGAGGGUAAGUUCCCUGGAAUAGCGCUCAGCCCUCUGCAGUACUUCACAAUGUGACCUCUACUUUAAGACCUUCUCUUUUGUCUUUUUGACAGCUGCAAAAGUAUCCCUGCUUCCAGACUUGAAAACAUCUGUGUAGAAAGACAAGAGCGAGGUUAUUCAGGGGUAUGAAAUGCUCAGUGCUUCAGUGCCUCUGCAGGUGUGGAGACUGUGCUGUCCUGGGAUCCACUGUCCCCUUUUCAAUUGCAUUUUAAAAAUGUUAAACAUGGGAGGGGUUGUAAAUGCACUUAUUCCUAUAAUAGAUUGAUAUUUUCGAUAUUUUGAAAUAUUUAAAGAAAAGAAGCCUCUUUUUACUCUGUAAAAUAUUCAGUGAGUUUUAUUUUCCAGAUACAUGUAAUCUGUUGUCAUUUAUACAGAUUUUUUUGCACGACUCUUUGCUGUGUUCAAGAAGGAAAACCAAAUUGGAUGAUUUUUUUUUUCAUUUUAGUAAGAAUUGAAAAGCAUAAGAACAGUCAAACUCUUGCCUAUUUUAUGUACAUAACUGUAUGUUUACUUGUACAGAAAUUUUGUACAAAAAUACUGUAUGCAUAAUAAUGACUGAAAUAAGGCUAUCGUAAAAUUUUAUAUUUCGUAUUAAAAAGCAAUAAAUAUAGAUUUUACCCACA